CAGACAACUCAAGUUUCUUACACAAAAGCAACUCGACUAUCAAAACAGGAAAUCCAUGGCUCCUUCUGCGCAAUCUCUUCCUACAAGUGUUUCGGAUGAGAAAUACGCGAAUGUGAAGUGGGAAGAAUUAGGAUUCGGGUUUUAUCGUACUGACAACAUGUAUGUUGCCAAGUGCAAACAUGGAGAGAGUUUUCAAGAGGGGAAGAUCGUUCCCUAUGCUGAUUUGCAAAUCAGCCCUUGCUCUGCAGUUCUUAACUAUGGCCAGGGUUUAUAUGAAGGGCUAAAGGCUUACAGGACAGAAGAUGGCCGGAUUGUGCUAUUCCGACCAGACCAAAACGCUCUCCGCCUUCAAUCCGGAGCCAGUAGACUUUGUAUGCCUUAUCCCACGGUCGAGCAAUUCGUCUCCGCCGUCAAACAAGUUGUUCUUGCCAACAAGAAAUGGAUUCCUCCUCCGGGGAGAGGAACAUUGUAUAUUAGACCAAUCAUGUUUGGGAGUGGUCCUAUACUUGGCUCACUUCCUGUUCCCGAGUACACCUUUACAGUGUUUGCAUGUCCUGUUGGACGUUAUCACAAGGAUAACGCGGGGUUGAACCUGAAAAUUGAAGAUAAGUUUCGUCGUGCUUUUCCAAGUGGAACCGGUGGUGUGAAGAGUAUCACAAACUAUUCUCCUGUUUGGAUAACAUUAGCAGAGGCAAAAGAACAAGGUUUCUCUGAUGUUUUGUUUUUGGAUGCUGCAACUGGCAAAAACGUCGAAGAGCUUUUCGCUUCUAACGUUUUCAUAGUCAAGGGAAAUGUUGUGUCGACUCCAGAGAUUUCAGGAACCAUAUUGCCCGGAGUCACACGUAAAAGUGUCAUCGAAUUAACUCGUGAUUUCGGCUACGAGGUCGAGGAACGUGUUGUUCCCGUUGAGGAUCUUCUCGAUGCUGAAGAAGUUUUCUGCACUGGAACUGCUGCAAUUGUGACCACUAUUGCGUCCGUAACCUUCAAGGAGAAAAAGACUGGAUUCAAAACAGGUGAUAAGACAUUGGCUGCGAAGCUCUUUGCGACGUUAACGGAUAUCCAGAUGGGCCGGGUCGAGGAUAAGAAGGGGUGGAUAGUGGAGUUGACUGAUGCCACCAAACCAGGGUUGAAACUUUGAAGCUGUAACUUGACAAAUUACAUAAGAAACAUCAGAAGAUGUCUCUCGAUCUUUGUGUUUAUCAUAUUAUGUGUCGUCAUGCUGUGAUGUAUCUUAAAGGGUUGGUAUGAAAUAUUAUAAAUAAAAACUCAUGGCUUUUCAGCUUUUACUAGUCUCCCUUCAAAUUUACUACA